AUGUCGGGAGCGGCGGGGCUGGGACGUUCCCCGGUGCUCUGUGCCCCCCGCCCAGCCGUCGCGCUCCAGCUGAGCGGGGGGACCGAGCCGGCGCGGCCCGGCGUGGCCGUCAUCGACCUCCGCUUCCCCCGCGGCGCCCCCGCCGAUGUGCAGGAGAUCGUCUUCAGGAACUUCUACACGGCGUUCCUGAGCGUGCGGGUGCAGCGGCCCGGCCCCGGUGGGUCCCGCCGCUGGGUCACCUGCCUGAGGGACCACUGCCUGAUGCCCUGUCCGCACACCGAGGAGGGCUCCCAGGACUACUUCUCCCUCCACCGCCACCAGAUGCUGUGUGAUGUGGACCAGGUGAUGGCGGUGCGGUUCAUCCUGCGGCAGCCCUCUCCAGUCUGGCUCCACUUCACCAUUGAGGAGGUGCAGAUUUUCCCCCCUGGACAGAAGAGCCCACAGAAGGAUUUCCCCUCCUGGCUCUCCCAGCUGACCCCUCCAGAGCAGCCAGCCAGCCUCCAUGAGGAGCUCCCUGACCUGGAAAAGGUGUCCACAGAGGUCCAGCAAAUGUGGGUGCUGACAGAGGUGAUCCGGGCUCGCCAGACAGCUGCCCGCAUCGGGCGCUUCGACGUGGAUGGCUGCUAUGAUAUCAACCUCCUUUCUUACACCUGA